CACAAACGGCUUGUAUAUUUGCCCGUGGCUGUACUCGUAGCAACAACACUGCUCAGUUGCGUUGGUCGAAUUCACUGCGUUUCGACUUCGAAAAUAUCGCAAAGCCCGCAGUAUUGUAUUGAACCUUGUCGACGAUGGAGGAUUUUGUAGCCGAAGUACGCAAAAGAGAAUUUUUGUGGAAUAAAAAGAUGAUACCAUUGGGCAUAAAACAAAGAACUACAGACAAACUAUGGCAAGAAGUUGCGGACGCGUGUAGUAUUUCAAAGACAGCAGCCAAAACUAGAUGGCGCAGUUUACGUGAUCAAUUCCGCAAAGAAGUAAAGCAAGUGCCAGUAUUCUGCUCUGGUGAAUCCUAUUACAUCACCGAAAAGAAUAAACCCAAAUGGACUCAUUUCAAUAGCUUAAUCUUUCUACUGGAGACGCUCACGCCAAAAGAGAAUGUUAUCGAUAUUAAGCCAGAUUCCGUUGAUAUUCGCUCUUCGGAGUCUAGUAAUUCGUUGGAUGAUACCAAAAUUAUGGCAGAGCAUUUUUCACCUGCCCUCCCAACAGAACAGCCUCAAAAUUUACCCCCAUCUACGAGUACAGAAAAUAUUUUCUCAAGCAUAAGAAAGGUGUACAAACUGGAGGAGGAUCUUGAUCCGAAUUUUAGUGAUGUAGUAUGGAAAGGAGUGUCUGACGCAUUUGCCUUAGAUGAAAGCAAAGAUCAAGUCGAUGAUGAUGUGCCGCCUUUAGUAAUGAUAAGACCUCAACCCGCAGAUCCAACCUAUACUGGCGGCAAAAGAGCUUAUCCUCAAGAAUAUGAUAAUAAACCGGAUGUAUCCCACUUGAAGGAUAAUUACUACAAAUGCCCAGCUAAAAGAGAAGCACUAGAACUAGAAAAUCUUACUGAGUCCACAAAUUGUUCUGAGGAGAAUGAGAAUCUACUUUUCUUCCGGUCACUUUUGCCUUACUUGAAUAAGAUGGAUCCAAUGCAGCAAUUGCGAGUGCGUAUGCGGUUUCAGGAAGCAAUGCUUGAAGAACUGCAAAGAUAACGAGACUGAAACUUAAAGUUACUACGCACAAUAAAUGUUUUGCUAAUGAACUAUACUAUGCAUUUACUUUAAUAGUAAUACUGAAUUUCAAUUCCUUUAAUCUCAAAUACGCUGAUAAAUAGUGAUAAACUGUCAUUUAAAAUAAAGCGAUCGUAAAUAAAACAUUUGUUAUGUUCUAAGUAAUAUAAAAUAAAUAAAUAUU